AUGAAUCCCACGGCACCGCUAAUUCCAACCUCAUCCAUAGAAGCCUCGUUUGCUACAGAACAUGGAGAGUGGGGUGCUGUUCCCUCUGAAUAUAGGUAUGAGAUAGCUAAUGCUGUAACGAAUUCAACUUUUAUUAUUUUGUUUCUCUCGUCUUCUGACAAAUGUGCUGUUCAUUUUGCAGAUGCGGGAUCAAUCGGGGUGAACUACGGGAGAAUAGCAAACGACCUGCCAUCAGCUGUGAAAGUGGUGCACCUCGUUAAAUCUCAAGGUUUAGAGAGGCUCAAGGUUUACGACACUGACCCUGCUGUACUCAAAGCUUUAUCUGGUUCCAGUGUUAAAGUCACCGUCGAUUUACCAAAUGAACUUCUUUACUCUGCUGCCAAAUACCCUUCAUUUGCCCGCUCUUGGGUCCAGAAAAACAUUGUAGCUUAUCACCCUUCCACUCAAAUCGAAGCCAUUGCCGUUGGUAAUGAAGUUUUCGUUGACCAACAUAACACCACCAAGUUCCUCAUUCCAGCCAUGAAAAAUAUCCAUGAGGCUUUAGUCAAGUUUAACAUCCAAUCUUCUAUUAAAGUCUCUUCUCCUAUAGCUUUAAGCGCUCUUCAAUCCUCUUACCCAUCUUCAGCCGGAUCAUUCCGACCCGAAUUAAUCGAACCCGUUUUCAAGCCCAUGUUGGAGUUCCUUCGUCAAACUGGGUCAUUUCUCAUGGUCAAUGCCUACCCAUUUUUCGCUUACGAGUCCAACUCUGAUGUCAUUUCACUAGAUUACGCUUUGUUUAGAGAAAAUCCGGGUGUGGUGGAUGCGGGUAACGGAUUAAGGUAUUUUAAUCUCUUGGAUGCCCAAAUCGACGCCGUUUUUGCCGCAAUGUCUGCUUUAAAGUAUGAUGACAUCAAAAUGGUGAUUACCGAGACAGGGUGGCCCUCUAAAGGAGACGAGAAUGAGGUUGGUGCUAGCGUGGAAAAUGCAGCUGCUUACAACGGCAAUCUCGUCCGUAGGAUUCUUACGGGUGGUGGUACCCCUUUAAGACCACAUGCAGAUCUGACCGUCUAUCUCUUCGCACUCUUCAACGAAAACGAAAAGGAUGGACCCACAUCAGAGAGAAAUUAUGGGCUUUUUUACCCUAACCAGGAAAAGGUCUAUGAUAUCCCAUUCACUGUGGAGGGGCUCAAGAAAUACAAGGAUCAUAACCGGCCACCGGUUUCCGGCGGUCAACAGGUUGCUCCUCCGGUUAGCGGAGGCAUAUCCAAGAGUACUACAGGGAACACAUGGUGCGUUGCAAAUCCUGAUGCGGGAAAAGAGAAGCUACAGACUGCCCUAGACUAUGCUUGUGGCGAGGGAGGUGCUGAUUGCCGUCCGAUCCAGCCUGGUGCAACGUGUUAUAAUCCUAACACGCUUGUGGCCCACACUUCCUUCGCGUUCAACAGUUAUUAUCAGAAGAAAGGACGUGGUAUGGGGGACUGUUAUUUCGGAGGCGCAGCUUAUGUUGUCACUCAAGAACCCAGUACGUAUUUUAGCCUCAGUGUUUGUGGUUGGCAGAGUUUGGGAAGUGCGAGUUUCCCACAGGAUAUUGAAGAGAAAACACGGGAGCAAAGGGGGCUUGCUUGA